AUGUGGAACCUUGAUGUGAUAGGCAUUACUGAUCCGAUCAUUAAAAAAGGCAAGGAAGAAAAGGAUUUGCAAAUGGAAAUGCAAUUUCAGAAUUCUGUUUUUAUAAAUAAUGAAGGACGGUAUGAAGUGGCAUUACCGUGGGCCGAAGAUCGUCUACCAUUACCUACAAAUAAAGAAUUACCGCUUAAACACCUGGAAACAACAACACGGAAACUUUGCUCUCAAAAUUUAAUUAAUCGAGAUGAUGAAGUUUUAAAAAAUUGGGAAGAUUCAGGCAUAAUCGAGGAAGUGAAACAAAGUAAAAAUAUUGAUAGCGGACACUACUUGCCCCACAGACUAGUGAUUAAAGAAAGCAGUUCUACUCCCGUACGGCCUGUGUUUGAUGCGUCUGCUAGAACUAAGUUUUCACCGUCACUGAAUCAAUGUUUAGAAGCUGGACCCAAUUUAAUUGAAUUAAUCCCAUCACUUUUGCUAAGAUUUAGAGAGAAUAAAUACGGUGUCGUUGCAGACAUAGAAAAAGUUUUUUACAGAUUAGCGUUAGGCCACCAGAUAGAGAAUACCUUAAAUUUUUCUGUUUUGGAUUAUCAUAUUCAAAAUUGCAUGAAAAAUACAGAACACGAUCAGAAAGUUGUAGAAAAACUGAGACAUAGUUUUUACGUAGAUAACGUUUUAUCCAGCUUUGAAAGUGAAGCUGAACUUCAAAAUUUCAUUGAAGAAUCUCGUAACAUUAUGGCACAAGCAAAAUAUAACCUAAGAUCUGAUGUUGCAAGACUUGUGGAAAUCUGGAAUAUCCUGGGAUGCAGAAGUAGACGAAAGCAUGAAAAAAAAUUUCUUCAUUGGUUUGAAGACCUCUGUCUGCUAAAAGAAGUCUCAAUUCCACUAUGGGUGCAGUGCCAUGAAAAGAAUAAGAAGUCUUGUAGCAUCCACACGUUCUUUGAUGCAAGCGGGCGUACCUAUGCUGCUACGGUAUUUUUAAGAAUCCAGACGGACACAGAGGUUGAGGUUUACUUAUUAGCUUCGAAAUCCAGAGUGGCUCCUGCCAAGCAGAUAACUAUGCCUCGUCUUGAAUUGAUUGCUGCCACUGUUGGAGCAAGACUAUGCACAUCAGUUUUAGAAAGUUUGCAAUGGCAGAAUGUUGAACUUACAUUUUGGACAGAAUCGACUGUUGUCUUGUCUUGGAUACAAAAAGAAGAAAUAUGGACAGUUUUCGUGGAUAACAGAGUACGUGAAAUAAGGAAGUUAACGAAGCCAAAUUCGUGGAAAUUUGUGAAACGAGUAGAGAAUUCAGCCGACCUUCCUUCCGCUGCUCAGCUAAACAACUGCUGGCGAUGA